ACGACUGGUCUUUUUUUGUGUGUGCAUAUUGUUUUUUUUAAAACAUUCCCGACGAAAGGCUGAAAGCGGAUCUAUUGAAGUUCUUUCGAGCUCCGAUUGAUCUUUGGAGCCGAGGAGAUAAAAAAAAGGGGGGUUGAUUGAGAAAGUUGGCAGGAGGGACAAUUUCCUGUUUCUUCGGCUGCCUCCCUCGCUUGGAUUCCUUAUGUGGGAAGCUGGGUCGCUGAGGAUCGCCGCGGAGCCUCGCAGAUCAGCUGUUGUGCCCUCGGAUCAGUUUGCAUGAUGACUCUGAGUUCUGAAAUGUCCGAUGCGUCCAUCGUCUCGGAAGAGACCGACAUUGAUGUGGUGGGAGACGGGGCGGAAGGAGAGGAAGACGAGACCCAGGAGGGCAGCUCCUUUGGGAAAGUGGUGAGCCAGAUGCACUCUGAGAUUCUGAGCCCUCGCUCGCCAUGUGGGGACAGCUCCUCGAACCGGGACCCUUACAAACCAGUCAGCAAGAACCCUCUGGUAAAGCCUCCUUACUCAUACAUCGCCUUAAUCACAAUGGCAAUCCUCCAAAGUCCAAAAAAAAGACUGACCCUGAGCGAGAUCUGUGAGUUUAUCAGCAAUAGAUUCCCAUAUUACCGAGAGAAGUUCCCAGCCUGGCAAAACUCCAUCCGGCACAAUCUGUCCCUAAACGACUGUUUCGUGAAAAUUCCCAGGGAGCCUGGUAAUCCGGGCAAAGGCAACUACUGGACUCUGGAUCCCGAAUCUGCAGAUAUGUUUGACAAUGGCAGCUUCUUGCGGAGACGAAAAAGGUUCAAAAGACAGCAAUCGGCGGAUCUGCUCCGGGAGCACGCAUCCAUCAAGGCAGGCCCACCCCAUCCCCCCGCCGUCCAUGCUGCCGGCGAACGAACUAGCCAGGAAUUCAUUCUACCCGCGGCUUAGCCCCACACUCCCGUCAGGGCAAUCUGUCAAACACAGCUCAGCCAUCUCAAGGUCCCCUUUCUCCAUCGAAAACAUCAU